GAAACUGUGCACUUUGGAAGUGUCCAGAUCAGACAGCUGAGAAACCAUGGCAAAGUUCUGGAGUGCCAAAUUUUUCAUGGCACUAGCUUGGCUAGGCUCUUUAGCUGGGACAGAGGUGGAGGCUCAAUACGUUCCACCAUUCGCGCCUCCUCCGUGGCAGAAACCCCAGGAUCCUCAAGUUCCACUGUACCGUCCUCCUCCGUGGCAGAAACCCCAGGACCCCCAAGUUCCACCAUUUCCGCCUCCUCCUCUUCCAAAGCCCCAGAACCCUCAGAUCCCUCCACCAUACCGCCCUCCUCCACCGCAAGAUCCUCAACAGCCUCGACCUCCUCCACCGCCAUACAAUCCUCCUCCAUGGCAGAAACCCAAGGAACCUCAAGUUCCACCAUAUCCGCCUCCUCCUCAUCCAAAGCCCCAGAACCCUCAGAUCCCUCCACCAUACCGACCUCCUCCACCGCAAGAUCCUCAACAGCCUCGACCUCCUCCUCCACCUCCGCCAUAUCAGCCUCCUCCGUGGCAGAUUCCCAAGAAACCACCUCCGCCUCCACCUCCACCGCACAUCCCUCCUAUACCACAAAAUCCCCAGCAACCUCGACCACCUCCCCGGCCAUUCCCUCAAGGGCAAGUCCCACCUUUUCCUCAAGUAUCCGAUGAUUACUUUCCCCAAAAACCAAAAGUCCCACAGAAUCAAAAGGUGCCUCCGACGCUGCCACCUGCUCAGAGCUGUGAUGUGGAAAGAAGUGUGAGAGUCCCAUGCGGAACUACUGGUAUUUCAGGUGCUCAGUGUGAAUCCAUAAAAUGCUGUUUUGAUGGCAAUCAGUGCUACUUUGGAAAGGCAGUGACUGUCCAGUGCACUCGGGAUGCCCAAUUCGUUGUUGUUGUCGCCAAAGAUGUUACUCUACCCCACCUUGACCUCCAGACAAUCUCGCUGGCAACAGGUGGUCCUGGCUGUUCAUAUGUUGACUCCAAUUCAGCCUUUGCCAUAUAUCAGUUUCCUGUUACUACCUGUGGCACUACCUUUAUGGAGGAGCCUGGUGUAAUAAUCUAUGAGAACAGAAUGACUUCCUCAUAUCAGGUGGGGGUUGGGCCUCGUGGAUCUAUUACCCGAGACAGUCACUUUCACUUCAUCUUCCAGUGUAGGUACAUCGGCACCGAUGUUGAAACUGUGAUUGUAGAAAUCCUACCGUUACAAAAUCCCCCUCUGCCAGUUUCUGCUAUGGGACCCAUUAAUGUAGUCUUGAGGUUGGCCAAUGGACGAUGCCUUACAAAGGGUUGUAAUGAAUUGGAUGUGGCCUAUACUUCGUUCUAUACGGAAGCAGACUACCCUGUGACCAAAGUCCUGAGGGACCCUGUGUACGUGGAGGUUCAGCUUCUCAAAAAGACAGAUCCGAUGCUUGUCUUGACUCUUGGUCGCUGUUGGGUAACCACAAGCCCUUUCCCUCACUCCUUCCCCCAGUGGGACAUUCUGAUAGACGGAUGUCCAUACCGGGAUGAUAAUUACUUGUCCUCACUGGUACCAGUGAGUGCUAACUCUGGCCUGGACUUCCCCAGUCAUUACCGGCGUUUCGUUUUCAAAAUGUUCACCUUUGUGGGUUCCUCAGUAAAGGACCAGAAGGGAAUGGACCCACUGCAUGAAAAGCUGUACAUUCACUGUAGCACAGCCGUGUGUGUUAGCGGACAGUUUGUCAGCUGUGAGCCAGCAUGCCACAGGACAAAGAGAGAUGUCGAGGCUGAAGACCAAAAGACGAAUGAACCAAAGACUGUGGUUUCCUCUGGGCCACUGAUCAUGACUGCUCCCGAGCAGUUAACAGCUUGACCUCAAGAACUUUGCUGAGAACAACAAGUUAAAAAAAAUCUGCAACAUGAAACGGUUAUUAGUAGUAUGAAGUGGAAAUUAGAUUAUAAUGUAGGAGAAAAGAAUUCAAGUGUGCUGUAGGAAGAAAUAUGUCUAAUGAUGUCAUUGAGAUUUAUAUUAAAGAAGUAUUGGCUCCAACAUGAUGUAAAUUAGUUUGUUUUUUUGCUUGUACUAUACCUUUUUUACCAGUGACAUUCCUAAAAAGGAGAACCAAUUUCUGUAGUACCCAAGUCAUGCCUUUAUAAUGAAUCCUACAUAAAAUACAAAAAGUCAUCUUUCCCCAACCACAUCCCUUUAUUUUAAGAAAAUUUUUAGAAAAGAUUAACAGAUAACAGACAC